AUGUCUGAGGGGAGUGGCCAGGCAGGUGGGGCAGUGGCAACAGCAGCCGCACACCCUGGCCCCACCUCCGGCACGACCGUCGACCCGGACCCGGAGGUGGUGGUGGAGGAGGAGGCGACGCUGGCUGCCAGCCGUGCCCGUGGCUUCCUCAGCUGCGCCCGCUGUGGCCAGCACCUGGAGUACAGCGGCCUGGCGCCGCGCCUGCUGCCCGCCUGCCUGCACACUGUCUGUCAGCUGUGUGCUGGGGGAGAGGUGCAGUGCGCCCUCUGCCAGACCACGUCGCCCUCGGUGGCGGACCACCCGCUGCUGGAGGAGCUGCUGCGCGACACGCACGCGCGGCAGCAGGCGGCCGGCUGCGGGCAGUGUUCAGAGCGGGGCGUCAGCGCCAGCGUCGUCGCCGGCUCGUGCCUUGACUGCCAGACCGACCUCUGCCAGAACUGUAUUGAUGCGCACAAGAUCACGAAGGCCACGUGGGACCACAAGGUGAAGCUGCUGCCGGACGCCAAGCAGGAGGACCGAUGCCCUGAGCAUGACAAGGCGUUCGACUACUACUGCGACGGGUGCGAGGUGCUGGCGUGCGGCGAGUGCAUCCUGUCGGCCCACCGGUCGCACGCCUCCUCCACGCUGGCGGACAAGGCGGCCCAGGUGCGCGCCGCCCUGCGCUCCUGCCUGGACGGCAUGAGCGGGGUCAAGAUGAAUGUCUCUGUGGAAAUCGCCAAACUGAAGUCUCGGAUGCUGGAAUGCGCCGAUGAGAAGCAGAAGAGCACAGCCAGCGUUUCGUGCGGAGUAUGA